UAUUUUGACUUAGUUCUGUAUUCCCAACGUGCUUUGCGUGUAAUUGCAAACAUGGCUGAAAUGAAUGGAAGAAGCUAAAUAAAUAUUUGACAUGAACUCGUGUUAUGCACAAAAGAGAAGUUAUUGAUGGUUGCAAGCUGGUGAUAAACGUUGUGUGAUGGCCUUUCCUCAGCCCAGACCACAGGCUCCUCAGCUUCCCCAGCAUCUGCUUAGGACCAUAGACUGCCAGCAAGGAGCCGUCAGGGCUGUUCGCUUUAAUGUUGAUGGCAACUACCUGUUGUCCUGUGGCAGUGAUAAAUCUCUGAAGCUGUGGAGUGUGAGCCAAGGGACCCUGCUGAAAACAUACAGUGGCCAUGGAUAUGAGGUCCUGGAUGCAGAUGGUUCCUAUGACAACAGCCAGAUUUGUUCCUGCAGCUCUGACAAGACAGUGAUUCUGUGGGACGUCGCUACAGGCCAAGUCAACCGCAAACUAAGAGGACACGCUGGGAAAGUCAACUGUGUCCAGUUCAACGAGGAAGCAACUGUCAUCCUAUCUGGAUCACUGGACGGGACAGUUCGGUGCUGGGAUACCAGGUCUAAAAGAUAUGAACCCAUCCAGAUUCUUGAUGAGGCUCGGGACAGUGUCAGUAGCCUGAAGGUGGCACAGCAUGAGCUGCUUACUGGGUCAGUGGAUGGCAGAGUGAGACGCUAUGACCUAAGAAUGGGACAGCUACACGUUGACUUCAUCAGUAGUCCCAUUACAUGUGUGUGUUUCAGUCAAGACGGUCAGUGCACUCUGAGCUCCAGUCUGGAUUCAGCAGUGAGACUGCUGGAUAAAAGCACUGGGGAAAUGCUGGGAGAGUAUACGGGACAUAAGAUGAAAGGUUAUAAGCUGGAUUGCUGCCUGUCCAGUAAAGACACCCAUGUGCUGAGCUGCUCAGAGGAUGGACAUGUUUACUGCUGGGACCUUGUGGAGGGGUCCUUGUCAUUGAAGCUACCAGUGGGAAAAGCUGUUGUCCAGUCGUUGUCCUUUCACCCUUUAGAGACCCUCCUCCUCACAGCCAUGGAAAGACAUGUCCAGGUGUGGGGGGCCGAGCCGGAGGAGACGGAGGACUGUGCAAUGGCCACAUAGAAACAUAGUCUAGUAAAGCAGGAUACUGCUUUCUCUUCAUCCCUUUAUCUGGACAUGUGAUGAGCAACAGUACGUGAUGCUAAUAGACAUAGUUAAGGCCCUUCUUUCAGUGAGCUGCUGACCUGAUACGCUGGGGUAAAACAGACCAUCACAUUUCUUGUGCCCCUUCACUUAAGUGUUUUUUGCACACGCUGAGACUAAUUGCUUUUGUUUGUGUACAACAUUUGCAUUCAUUCCUUUUUCUCCCAUUAAUAAAACUUCCACAAAAUAAUA